CUAACUCAACAGUAGCACGUUCGAAUAUCGUACCUACAGAGCUCAAUCAAAGAGAGGAAGAUAGAGGCUGGGACGGAUUUACUUCCGCCAAUCGACCGUGUCGAACGGGCAUGACCACAACCUCUCAGCAUUCUACCAUUGCGACUCAAGAAUUCGAUCGAGUCCACAUAGAAGUAACUCAAUCUUUGGAUCGCCGACCUACUCUAUUUUCGGAUAACAGUACUCAGCAGCGCAAGGCGGCAGAGUUGAAGAAUGUAUUAG